AUGACACGAUUUCGGCCCUGCAUCGAUCUCCACGCGGGCGUCGUCAAGCAGAUUGUCGGCUCGACGCUGUCGGACGACCCGGACCGGCCGCCGGUCGAGAACUUCGUCGCGAAGCGCUCGCCCGCGGAGUUUGCGGCGCUCUACGCGCAGGCGCAGCUCGAGGGCGGCCACGUCAUCAUGCUAGGGCCCGGCAACGAGGCGUCGGCGCUCGCCGCGCUCGCCGCGUACCCGGGCGGCCUGCAGAUUGGCGGCGGCAUCAACCCGCAGAACGCGACUCGCUACCUCGACGCUGGCGCGUCGCACGUCAUCGUGACGUCGUACGUCUUUCGCGACGGCAGGCUGGACGAGGAGCGGCUCGCAGAGAUGGUGAAGGCCGUGGGGCCGCGCCGCCUCGUGCUCGAUCUCUCGUGUCGCCGGCGUGCGCCCGGGGGGCCCUUCUACGUCGUCACCGACCGAUGGCAGAAGUUCACCGACCUGACGGUGGACGGCACGACUCUGCGGCGGCUGGCCGCGAGCUGCGCCGAGUUUUUGGUGCACGCCGUCGACGUCGAGGGGAAGCAGUCGGGCGUCGAGCGAGAGCUGGUCGAGGUCCUCGGCCGCGAAUCGCCCCUCCCCGUGACGUACGCGGGCGGCGCUCGCUCGCUCGAGGACCUCGACCUCGUGGCGCAGCUGUCCUGCGGGCGGGUCGACGUCACCGUGGGCUCGGCGCUCGACAUCUUUGGCGGGGGCUUGUCGUUUGACGCCACGGUGGCGUGGGACGGGAGGCAGCGUGCGGCGGCGUAG